GCUAACGCAACAUCGCUACAAAGCUACUUCAAAGCUCCAUGGUCCCGAGCCCACCGAUGCACGCGAAAGUCGGUAACCCACUCAGCAAUUUGCUUCUCCAUCGCAGUACUCAGUCAUAUGGGUGUGAUAGAAGUCCAUAGAGCUUGUAUGGCCUUCAUUUGACGCCUGCCUACUUACCCGGCGAGGCAUUGGGGCUCGAAGUUGCAAGAAUGGCUCCUCCGGUGCACGACCCCCUCUCGUAUGUUAUCCUUGACAACGACUCGCCGUUCGACCAGCGUGUCGGCCGAACGAGGCUUGGGCGGCCAUUGGUGGGCACCGAUUCUAAAUACGACAGGUGCGCGACGAUAGACUGCACAGCUCCGCGCACAGGCAAGCGCGGCAGCAAGCGCUCGCCUGGCGUCGCUGCCGCCACAACAUCGUCAGGACCCAAGCAGCGCAAGGCCACCGGCGCCUCCUCCACAACCCGCACGAAGUCGCCUGGCAAGGCGCGCCCGCUCGCCAGCGCCGGCCCGACCACCUCCCCAUCCCACCAGACCAUUGCCACCACCCGCCGUGCCAGCGGCGUCUACCAGACCGUGGACCUGUCGACAGUGCCUGGCAUCCAGCGCUGUGUGCAUGAGGCGCUGGUGCGGCUGUCGGCCUGGAACGCAGGGUACGCGGGGCCGAUGGCGGACCCGCUUGAGACGCACGCGUUCGUGGCCUUGGAGCGACUGGAGGCCGCCCUGGGUGGGCUGGGCGGACUGACGGAGCGGGUACGGCACCUGGUGGCGCUCAUGGCGCCGCCACCGGUGCCGCCUGCGCCUGCGGCGGUGGCGGGUACGCCGCCACUGGCCACUGCGUGGCCGCAGCCGCACAAGGCGCCCAUCUGGCCGUCCAUGUACCAGCACGGGGCGGCGAACAGCCCGCUGCUGUCGCAGCCGCAGCAGCACAGGCCGCACCCGCUGCUGCAACACCCGGGCGUGCCACCGGCCGUUCCGGAGGGGGUUGAGGAGGAAGCGGAGGCGGUUGGAGGGGAAGAGGAGGAAUGGGCGGGCAGCGACACGUCGGAGGCCGCGGAAGCGGAGCGGCCCAGCUCGGCCGCCUCCUCUCAGCGGCAUGGAAGCGACCGGUCCUCGCUCACUUCGGGUCUGCUGACAACGCGCGGCCCGGGCUCGGCAUCCGUGCAUAGCCAAUUCAGCGGCAAUGCCGGAGGCAUGGACAGCAAAAACGCCGCGGCCGCAGCGGCUGCCGCAAAGGCGGCAGCGGCAUUGGAGGCGGGUGCAAUGGCGACACCGCCGGGUGCGAGGACACCUGUUGCGCGAACGGGUGGCGAUGCGAAUGCCGAGUGGCCGUCGGGCACCUUCCGCGUGUGGGCCACGGCGGCUGAGGCCGCGGUGGGCUCAGGCUAUCCAAGCCAGAGCGAGGGCCAUGCUUUUGCUCCCGCCCCGGCCGUGGCCUCGGCUCCGGACCCGGCAGCGCUUGCUGCGGCGGCGUCAGCGCCUGCCGGCCCGGGCGUUGCACCAGAGGGCGUGCAUCACGAUUGGCAGGGCGCUAGACUGGCGCAAGGUGUCGCAGGUGCCGCGGCGGCAGCAGUUGCCAGUGCGCUGCCGGUCCUCAUGGUUGGGUCCGCACCCCUGGCGGUGCCCGACAUGGCGCGAGUCCCGCCCGCUGCGUCGGCACCCGCACCCGUGGAGGCGCUCGCUCCGGAGGGCAAUGCAGCAGGGCCAGGGGGGGCAAGCGGUGCAGCCACUGUGCCGGAAGGCGGAGCUACCGAAUCGGUGGAGUCGCUCUUUUUCGGUGCAAGGGCUGCCGCCGCUGUUGCCGCUGCCGCGGCGGCCAACGCAGUUGCCACCACCUCGGCUGUGGGCGUGGCAGCUGGCAUCAGCAUCGCAGCAACGCAGCCAGAGCCGCCGCAACCAUACGGACAAUACACACCAGAAGCGGUGCAGAAGCAGGAGGGAGGCUUUGACGAGGAGGAGCAGGAGCAGCACCAUGGCUUGGCGGAGCAGGAGCAAGAGUCGGAGGAGGGGCAGUGGAAGUGGCAGGAGGACGCAGAGUAUGCAGCCAGCCAGACGCAGGAGCAGCGGUGGCAUGCAGAGAAGGUACACGAGCGCGGGGAGGCGGACGAGCAAGUUGACCAUGAAGGUGCGCAGGCGGCAGCACAGCAGGUUGCAGAGCAGCAUGCGCAGCCCCACAUGGGCCCUGCUGGCUCGGAUGGCUCUGACGACGAGCGCCUCGCCGUCGCCGCCUACCAGUCAGUAAACAACGAGGGCGAGGUCGGGGCCCAUGGCGCCACCGGCAGCGCCGGCAGUGCCGGUGACACCGGUGCCCCCGACGGCGCUGGUGACGCUGACGACGCGGCCUCCUCUGCCUCCUCGCAGCAGCACCAGCGCAUCCUGGACGCGGCCUGCCAGGUGCUGACUGAGAACCAGGCGCUGCGGGCGCUGGCCAACAUGCUGGCGGCGGAGCGCGACGAGGCGCAGUGGCAGCAGGCGGAGCUCAAGGCGCGGCUGGUUGAGGCGCAGCUGGCGCACAACGAGGCAGCGGCGGUGGCUGCGGCGGCAGCCGCUGAGAGCGCGCGGGCGGGCGCCAUGGUGUCGGGCGGCGGCGCAGCGGCUGGAGGCGGAGAAGGAGGAGGUUCAGGUGGGGCGCUGCAGCAGGGCGUGAUGGAGACGACGUUGUUCUUGGGCGGGGCAGGGGAGGUGCGAGGCGCGGUGGGCGGUGGGGGCGUGCAUGUGCUUGAGGUGGUUGUGCGGAGCGAGGUGGGUGGCGUGCGCGGCGAGGAGAGCGGCAGCAGCCGGAGCAGCAGCAGCCGGAGCAGCGUCAGCCGGAGCGCCACCAGCACCAGGAGCAGCAAGAGCAGUGCCAGCAGCGUCAGGACCAGUAGCAGUAUUGGCAGCAAGUCGUCGAGGCGGUCGGCGGGGGCUUAGGUCCCGCAUAAGGCCGGGGCCGCAGUGGGGUCUUCUUCGGGGGAGGUGGGCACGGGAGGUGGGCGGCAUAAUGAGAGAAAGAAGUCGGCACCCCCACAUUACACUGGGCAUUAAUAUUCUACACGUUGCUGUGUUUGAUCACACACUUCCGUCACACUGGGCACCAUUUUAGGGCUGGCCCGGAGGCUGGAGACUGAUACGGGAUUACGAGGAUGUACUGUUGGGGUAAAGCGGCGGUGCUGUAACUGCUUCGGGAG